CAGAGUAGGUACCUAUAAUCUACGAAUUCAACAUAAUCUUAUCAUUGUAAAUCACUUGUAUUCCAGAUUAUAUUCUACCUACGCACUCAAUUAUUUUCAUAACAUUUUGGAUUGUUAGCAGUCAGAUGGUCAGGAAAUAAAUUUCAGAAUAAUUACGAAAGUACCUACCAUCGACGACGACGAUACGGAGUACCAUCCCAUUACAAAUAAUAAAUAAUAUGUUCUUCAGUAAACCGGAUUUGAUAAACUAUUUAUCUGAAAAUGGACACCUGGAUCACGUUUACAAGGUUCUGGAUGACCCGUCCGAAGUCGUAGUCACUCUGAUGAAGGUUAUGAACGAAACCGGGACUAUGCCCCAAUGCGUCGAGGACUUUAAAUCCGAAAGCAUUUCAAACAUGUUCCGGCUUGAGGGCAAUCAAGCUUAUAAAGCAAAACAUUUUGGACUAGCUCUUGAGAGUUAUAAUAAAUCACUUAGCUAUGCCCCGACGCAAUCUACAGCAAUGAAACUGGCAUACGGUAAUAGAUCGGCAUUACUAUACACACUUAAACAAUACACCGACUGUAUGAACGACAUUGACACAAUAUUUUCCAUGGGAUGUGCAGAUUUCGACCUAGCGGAGAGGCUAAAUCAAAGAAAAAAUCAGUGUGAGAAAAUGGCAAAGGCAUCUUCUGACUUAGAAACUAACUCGAUUAAAAACGGAUUAGCAGGAAAGUUCUUUAAUUUUGAUGUGAAACGUCACCCUGAAAUACCUUGCGCCAGCACCGACAUAAGCGUGAUCAUGGAAUCAGGACUUCCAAAAGUCGUCGCAGCAAAAGACAUCCAAGUAGGCACGCUCGUGUCCUUGGAAUCACCAUUCGUAUGUGAACUAAAUGCAUCAAAUUAUUGGAUCGCAUGCCAUUACUGCCACAAGUUUAAAUUUAAUUUGAUGCCAUGUGAUGGCUGCACUGUCGCUUUGUUUUGUGAUGAGAUAUGUAAGAAAAAAUGUUACAUUGAAUUCCACAAUAUUGAGUGUCAGAUUAUGAGCUGUUUCCACAGUCAACAUGGUAUAAUUGGAGGUAAUAUGAAUAUUAGGGCUGCUUUAAAAAUGAAGCAAAAGUGCAAAACUUGGAAGGAGCUGAUCACAGCGUCUUUUAGUAUCGGCGAAGACAGGAUGAGGAACUCCUGUGUAAGUGAUAUUUAUGACAAGGAAAGUAAGUUUUCCAUGUUAAGUUUCGAUAAUAACUUGCAUUUCGUACACGGCAAGACAAUCAAUUGCGGGGUACCGUGCGCUAUUGAACUUCAUUACUUAAAGGGAGUACCGAAUUUCUGGCCAACAUGUGAAGAUGAAAAGGACGAAGGUGUGCGAGCAUUCGCGAGAAUCAUGAUGAAAUUGAAUUUGUUUUAUCCGCCAGUUCUAAUUCGCAAUAUAUGUUUGGAUGCUUUGAAUGUACAUUCUGGGAAUCUUGUGACAUCAAGUCAUAAUUUUGGUUGGUUCGCGUUUACCGGCAAACUCAAACACUCUUGCGAUGCAAAUCUCCUGGCGUUGGGACUGAAAAACAGCAUAGCUUUGGUUGCAGUUCAUCCCAUACAAAACGGAUCUGAACUGAACAUUUCCUACUUAGAACAUUACUACGACCGAAUACCACAGCACAAGUAUUUCAUGCGGUCUCUUCACUGCCUUUCGCCUGCGUGCUCGUGUCGAGUGUGUAUUGAGAACUGGAAUGUUCGCGAUAACAGUUAUAGGGACCAAACAUUGUCUGCAGAUGAGAUGAGGGUAUUCAAGAAAUUUAUUUCAAACACCCAGCCCAAGAGGUUGAUUGACAUGGAUAUCAAUGUGUUCAAGGCAUCUUGUAAAGCGCUAACCAAACUUCAUCAUUUGGCCGGGACUCGAGAACACGCAGGUAUUUACAUAGGGUUGCGAAAUUUGCUAUUUCUCUGUCAAUGCAUCGCUACUGGAAACAGAUAUUUACGUAAGUAUACGUGAUACGUAAUUUUAAGAUUAUUUCUAGAUAAAUAACUAGACAAUAAGGCUGCGUUUCUGCGUUCUGCGGAGCUGUGCGGAGAUGCGCAGGAAUCGACCAAUCACCGUGAGGGAGAGAGUGACAGAGUGUCUUUGUUUUUCGCUCACUCGAACGCUGUGAUUGGUCAAAUCCGCACAUCUCCGCGUCAGUGGAAACCCGGCCUUAUGUAGGUACGUACUCGAAAGAGUACCUAACUAAUGGUACAUCGAUUACUAGGGCCCUAAAUAAAUAGUAGCACAGAAUUUAUACAGGAUGUAAGAGACAUCGUAACGAAUACUGAGGGGGAUGAUUCAGACCAUGAUUCCGAGUUGAUGGCAAGUCAUUUUCCUGUCGGAAAAUUCAUGAUAUUUUGUAAAAUAUUUUCAGUUUCAUCCUUUUGCAACGGAAAAUUCUACUUGAUAUCCACUCAAGUAGAAUUUUCCGUCGCAAAAGAAGAAUUAUGGUCUGAAUCAUCCCUCAAAGUUUUCGUUACGAUGUUACUAACACCUUUUAUACGUAGCUACUAGUUAAUAUCCCUUCGUCCACGUUCGUAACCAAAGUUUCAUAACUAGUUAUGAAAAAAGAAUAUUCUUCGCUUGUUGCGUAGAAAGAACAUUCCAGGCUACGUUCACCAAAAAUAAUCGUGAAAAUUACCUAUUUUCUUUUUACUAGGGUGCAUAAUUAUUCCAAAAUACAAUGGCAGAAGCAUUAUAAAAAUAAUUGUUGCUUGAUAUUUGGAUCAGAUUAUAUAUUAGAAUUAUGCUGCUACCUAUAUGCUUCUCUUUAUUUUGAUCAGAAUAAUGAGUAGAAGAUGUAAUUGUGCCUGGGUGUAAUAAAAAGGAUCAUCAUUUAUACCUAAAAACAAAGAUACUUACAUACAUAAACUCACCUAUUUCCAACCGGGGUAAGCAGAGACAAUAGAAUUCCAUUCGCUUCGAUCCUGACACACUUCUCUUGCUUCCUCCACAUUCAUCAAUCGCCAAAAACAAAGAUAAAAGAUGCAUAUUAUGUCAGUUAUCCAUGAAAUUACACCCUUCGUCCACGUUAGAAAUAAUAAUUAAUUACGAAAAUGGAAAAAGAGUCUUCUUUGAUAACUGGUUAUCAAACAGCGAAGAAAAUUCUUUUUUCAUAACUAGUUAUGAAAAUUUGGUUACGAACGUGGACGAACGAAAAUUACAAACUUAAACGAAGGAAAAUCUUUACAGCGCCAUCUAUACAUAUAAUUUUUAAGGAAAGUAGCCUGGAAAGUCUCUCAUUAAUUAUGUUACUCCGAAAUAAAGUACUAACUUACUA